GCAAACCCACCUCUGCAAACCCAGAUCUGGGUUUUCUUUCUCAAACUUUAUCUUCUUCCUUUACCUGCUCAUCCUUCUUCUUUCUUCUUCUCAUUUUUUCUCUCUCUCUCUCUCUUCUCCCUUAUUCUUCCUCUCUGAAACUUAGAUCUGGGUUUGUUUGAAACCUAGAUCUAGAAGGCCUCAGCUUAGAACAAUCCAAGUGAAAUUGAAAUUUAGAACAAUCCUCACAGCAAUAAACUAAGACAUUAGAGAUAUGAAUCCCACAUGCUCUGCAGAAAAACCACUCCUCACUUUCAUUGUAAGAUUUGAUCUUGAGACAAUGAUUGGGGUGGAAUGGGUGAUCUUGGAUUGUUUGUGGUAAUAAAUCAAUGGCACAUGAUUGAUGUAGGAAAAAAUUGCAUCUGUGACACAAAAUGAGGACUUGGGGACUUUUCUCGACAUGCCCAGCAGCGAGCUUCACGGCCAUCCUCAAUCUCACAAAGCUCCAAUGGAUGGUGAUGGUAGACAUGUUGAAUCCAUUUGGCACCUUCACAAUUUGCUGUGGGAAGCAAGGCGCAUUCAACAUCUAACUCAAAUAAACACGCUUGACACUUGUAAGCCAAGUCUGAGCAUCAUCGGAAAGGGCUUUCUGCGACGAAGAAGAACAAAUGAGCUCCGGUACAAGAUUCGGAGUUUACGGAGCUCGAAAAGCUUUAUG